UCGCUGAAGAGUUCAGCCGUCGUGUUGUCGCUCUGCUCCUUUGGUUGUCGUCGCCUCGUAGCUGCCGUUGUCGCUGUCGUUGUCGCUGCUCCAUUGUUGCCACCAAGGAACGCAAGAGGCAAAAAGACAAAAUGCCACGAAAGAAAUGUGGAGCGUGAAUGUGACGUUUUUGUUCUUUCAGCGUUUGCAACUUUUGACCCCGUGCGCAAUCAGGUCACCAUUGUCCUUCCAUGGUAAACAGUGUAACCGAAAACGGGAACUGUGCGGGAUUCGGAUUCGGGAUGUGUGAUUGAAAAUGCGUAAUCCUCGUUCCGUUGUCACCGUUCACCGCGUAACCUGAACCUUGAGUAAACACACACAGGCGCAAGUCACACACUCACACACGCACACUAUCGCGACACACUAACGGGAGCACGCAACUCUACGUCACAAGAGCUCGAAGGAGGAGAGUGAAAGAGAAAGGGGAGCAGAAGGGUGGCCUGGUAGCCCAAACAAAAAUACAUGAAAAACGUAGUUGGACUACAUUUAAUUGAUCUCCAAAAUCCUGGGGCAGGGGAGCCUAACAAAUCUUUGGGCCAGCUGAAAAAUCGUUUCGUGCAAAGCACAAGAAGUUGCCAAGGCACUCACACCAACUUACUCCGUCUCCUCACUCCUUCGAGGGAGCGCAAGAGGGAUAGGGCUAGGGUGGCCGCCUAUGCCGCAUAAUUUCGAUUGGAGCAGGCUCCCCUCGCGCUCUCUUUCGCUCUCGCUCAGCCUUUGUGUACGUGAGAGUUGAGGGCUUGUGUUGGAGCUUGCAUGUGCACGGCCUUUUUCUGGCUAGUGGGCUCGUGUGUGUGUGUGUGAAAGCGUGCCAAAUGAAUUGAAAAUUACAUGUGGCUCCGCUCUGUCUCCCCCCUCCCCUAUGCCCCCUUGAGUGCAUCGAAGGAGUUUUAUUAUUUAAACACGCCGAGCCACAGCGAGCUGAGCUGAGCUCAUUGGUGCCGCGUGUUUCGUUUCCGUUUCGUAAUACUCCGCCGCCACCACGCCCCCCUUUCCCACUCGAGGUUACAUAAAAAUAAACGCGAACGAGGCGGCCGUCGUCACCUUUUGCUGGCUUAAUUGCGGCCGCUGGGCUUAAAAAUACACGCAUUAACGCAAAACGCGGCCUAACGGUAUUUUAAAACCACUACACAGCUCUCUCUCCAUCUCUCUUUCUCCCCCACACACAGCGCUGGACUGCACGUGGCACGGCUAGAUAGGGAGAGAGCGAGCGAGAGAGAGUGAGCGAAUAGCAAAGCAAAGCAAAGUGAACAAGAAAAACAAACAACAAAUAAAACUGUCCGUCCAGCAUUCUUUUUUACACACAUUUGAAGAAUGUAAAGUGCGCUAAACAACGGAGAAAUAGCUGCAAAGGAGAAGGAGAAGCAUAAGCACAGACGAGAGUGAGACCUCAAAACUGGCCAUUGGCAGGCCGAACACACACACAAUACACACACACAGCAACACUCACACAUAACAAAGCACACACACACACACUCGCAUACAAAUCAGGCUUUGCCGCAGUCAUAAAAUAAUCAAGAAGCAGCUAAAUCAGGCGGAGCAAGAGGAAGGAUCCGAAGGAGGCAGGAGCAGCGUCACUGCAACGUGCUGAUGUUGACGAAACAUCUCCGCUGGGACGCAUAAAGCAAUUAGCAAAGGUUGAAACCCCGGCUCACACACACACGCACGCACUGCCAGAGCGGGGCUAAAGGCUGAAAAGGCAGCAGGAUGCGUGGGAUUCCCAUUGGCUCCAUGGAGUAUUUAGCCUAAUCGAGUGAUGCCGAGCACAAAAAUGCAGGACCCCCUCGGAGUCCCACCCACUAACGCUACUGUCCUCGGCCUGCCGCGCUGCAGAUGCCAGCAAUGUGCGAGAUAACGGGACACCGGACAGCCAGGCCACCACAGAGACAGAGACCGAGGAAGAAGGAGAAGCAGAAGUAGAAGCUGGAACCGAAACAGAAACGGAAGUGGAAGCAGAAGCAGAAGAAGCUAAAGUAACAGCAAAAGCAAAAGGAACGAGAAAUCGAAAUCGAACUCUCCCUGUGAUAUAACUUGCACCGUAAUCGUAAUCUAGCUCGUAGUUAUCGUUACCGAUUAAUAAUCGCAGCAAUUCUAAGCUAAGUACAGCACUGCUCUAAAAGAAAGCAAAUAAUACCCAUACACCGCCCCUCCGCCUUUGGAACACCAUUCGCUGCCGCUCUGCUCCGCCAACGCCGCCGCUGUCGCCGUCGCCAGACCUGCGCCAACCGAGAGAUAUAAUAGAAUUAUAUAUAGUAUAUAUAAUAGACAACUAAGCCCGACCAAGAAAAUCGAUAACAAUGGGAGACGAGGCCGAUAAACGGACGGGGAAGGAGAAGCUGCUGUUCUACACGACCGCCUUCUUCAUCCUGCUGGGCACGUUCAGCCUGUUCGCCUUCCUCUUCCUGGUGCCGUUCGUGAUCGAGCCGGCCUUCACCACGAUCUUCAUGCAGUUCGAGGAGGUUCCGGCGCUGUGCGAGACCUACGACACGGAGAUCUACUACGGGGCCAAGAACUGCUCGUGGUCGUCGUGCCGCGAGGGAUGCACCAAGGACAUCUACACCUGCACCCAGAUCCGGGUGAACUAUCGCCUCAACCUGUACAACUAUACGGAUGAGUUCAACUUUACGGAGUACCACAUCAAUCUGAAGGAGUCGGAACGCAUCCUGCCGCCCGUGAAGCGAACGGAUCGUUACGAGCGCGCUCUGCGUAGCGACUACGAGUACGAUAACCUGGGCGGCGGCGUGGGUGGUGCCGGCCUAGACAUCGACCUCGGAGGCGGACGAUUGGAGCAGCUCAAUUUCGGCGAUGCCGACGGCUCCAAUGGGUAUCUCAUCGAGGACUCGGAGGAUACGCACGGACUGAGUGCCUCGGGCACUCUCAUACCGGACGAGCGACGGCCCUUCGAUGAGAUCUCAGAGCUGAACGAAGGCCUGAUGGGCAACCGCUCCAUGUACUACUACGUGGGCGCCCGGCUCUUUCCCAAUGUGAAGGGCUGCGGCUAUCCGCCCAUGCUCAACUGCACCAUCUGGCUGAAGCGCUACACGAAGAUCGGGAUCAAGUUCCCGUGCUACUACUCCAAGGUGGAUCCCAGUCUGGUCAUCAGCGAUCUGGACUACUGGCAGAACACCCUAAACUUGGUGUACUCGAUGGCCAUUCCCAUUCCCUCGUUUAUCAUCUCGGUGAUCUAUCUGACGUACGCGUACUUCAAGAUCUACAACGAGGACGAGGAGACGGCGCCGCUGGACAAGAAUGCCGAGGACAUGGACAUCGAUGAUAUCGAUGCCGUGGACGACAGCGAUGGUGCCGUCCUGGCGGACAACGUAGCCGGCAGCCAGAUAAUCAACAUGGACUCCACCACCAACGACAGUUGUCUGGAGGGUGUCCUGCCCAAUGGCGGUCCUGGGAUGACCGCUUCCAUAUCGCAGGGUGGCUCAGUCACCACACCGGGUCCGUACAUUGCGCAGAGUCCGGCGGGCUCGCAGAUGACGCCCAACUCGGAAAUAAACUCGUUCGGCCAUCAACUAAAGGUCCAGAUGGCCGACGAGCUGUCCAGGGAUUCGCUGGAAAACGGAGUUAUCUCCACGUCCAACUCAGUGCAAGGAAACUUGAGCAAGACGAUGACGACGAGUAUCUCAACUCCUCCUGGGCCGACAGCGGCAGUCUGAAACGUCAGGCGCAUGGUCUGGAAAAUGUUAGAUUCCGAUUCGGAAAAUGAGCCGCUGCUGGAGGAUUCGUAGACCGCCGAGCGGAGAACGGACCCCGCAGCGGGCGGAGAUCGGAGAUAGGAGCGGAGACACCAAGCUAGAAAACAAAAAGCGAACACCCCAAGUAUUUCUACCCCGAAACAAUCGACAACAACGCAGCGAAUGCGACCGAACCUGAAUACCUUCAGAGCUGUUAGAGGCACCUAAAAGAACUAUGAUAGAUUAUAUAUAUUUACCUUAUGAACUAGCCACACUACUCACACACACACACACACACACACACAUACUACUCGCUAGGGAUCCUGAUCCUCUCACGUCGUCAACAACUCACAGCCGCCACUCACUAAAAAAUUGCAAACACGGGCAUUAGUAUCUGCACAGUAACUGAUAUAUCUGAAGGAUAGGCAAACGGAUAGAGGGAUGGAUGGAUGAGUGCCACAUCUUGGGCGAUUGGUACAAAUACAAUAAGCCUGGAGUGCUAUACAUAUACCUAGAGGAAACUAUAUUACUUAUACACUGCAUAUACAAAUAUUUACUUGAAUUAUUUUUCUAUUCGCAACAAUCGUCGUCGCCUCGUCUCGUUUCGAGAGCAAGAGACCCCACAACAACCCAUCCCGAACCCAAGCCCAAAUAUGCAAAUAAAGCAAAGAAUAGAUCUGAGCAUUGCGCGAAACUUAUUUACAAAUCGAUAAAUCGAGGCGCUGACGUUUUUUAAAUAUUGUAAUUGCCCAUAUUCAAGUGCUGCAAACACCUUAAGACACACACACACAAAAGCGAGGAACACUCAAUACCCAAACACAAACAAAAAAGAAAAUUAAAUUUAAACGAGCGCAUCGUGUAUUUAAUUUAAACGUAAUGAUAAACGAAAGCAAGUCGAAUGCCUAUUAUAUUUGAAGUAAAUUACAAUUAAAUUAAAUAUAAAUUAACGUAAAUUAA